AUGCACUGUUCUCAAGAACCAGCGUUCACUACGGGUGCAGCGCCAAACAUUUUUACAGCCGCCUUCAACUUCUUUGCAGCCACACAAUGUCUUCAACAUGACAAUUUUGUGCCAGAUCCUAUCCAGGAUGGUGAUAAGUUCGACUUCAUCAUCGUCGGAGCCGGUUCAGCUGGUAGCGUUGUCGCCAAUCGUUUAAGUGAAGUGGGACACUGGAAUAUUUUGUUACUGGAAGCUGGGAUAGAUCCACCAUUUGAAUCAUAUAUACCAUAUCUGGACGUAGCACUAUUAGGAAGCAGAUUUGACUGGAACUAUUAUACAAAGAGUGACAACAGAACUGGGCUUGGCAACAUCAAUAACAGAAUACCAUGGCCGCGGGGGAAAAUGCUUGGUGGAUGCAGCUCCAUCAAUGGUAUGGUCUACAUUCGUGGAAGGUCACCAGAUUAUCAACGCUGGGUAGACGCUGGCAAUCCGAGUUGGACACCGCAAAACGUCUGGCGCUAUUUUAAUAAACUGGAAAAUCUACAAUCUGAAAGAUUACUAAAGAAUCCAUACAUUAGUCACUCAUACGGACACCAUGGACCAUUAGUUAUUGAAAACUACAACAGUACAUACAGAAAAGAUACGCUGCAUGUACUAGAUGCUUGGAAUGAAAUGGGCUUUGAUAACGUUCAAGAUAUAAAUGCUCAAUACGGCAAAGGGUUAGGAGUAUCGGGUAUAUUCACAGCCACUGUAUCUAACGGAAGGCGACAGAGUACAUACGAAGCUUACUUGAAGCCAGCUAGAAGCAGGAAGAAUUUAAAAAUUGUAACUAAUGCCUACGUAACAAAAGUUUUAAUAAAUGAAGAUUUGGAGGCGAAUGGGGUAGAAGUAGAUAUAAACGGCAAAAAAAUCAAUGUUUUCGCUAAAAAAGAAGUAAUAUUAAGCGCUGGCGCUAUUAACACACCAAAACUACUAAUGUUGUCGGGAAUAGGACCAGAGGAACAUUUGAAAUCGGUUGGAAUUCCAUGCAAAGUAGAUUUACCAGUAGGAAAACGUUUGCAAGACCAUUAUAUGAUUCCAACGUUUAUUUACGGUGAUGAACCUGGUUUCAAGAACCCUGUGGAUCAACGUUUUGACGAGCUCAGAUAUCUUUAUGAUGGUCAUGGAUACUUAGGACAAGUUAGUGUUACUGAUAUCGCCGCUUUCUUCUCUCGGUAUCCGAGUGCGCCGUAUCCCGAGUUCCAAAGUCACUUUGUUCUCGUCAACAAAAACGCAUUGCGGUCCAUACCGACUUCCCGUUUUCGUACAUACCGUGAUUACUUGGCUCAGUCGAUAGGAGAAUUUAAUUCGGAGAAAGCUUUAUAUGUUUUCGCUUUACAUCUGCUGCAUCCAUUUUCUAAAGGCUCUAUAUAUCUAAAUUCAAGCAAUCCCUAUGAUGAUCCCAUUAUAGAAGCUAACUACCUCAGUGAUCCCAAAGACGUCAAAGCCACAAUAACCGGUCUUCAAAUGAUUACUAAUAUCGUUAACACUUCAUAUUUCAAAUCCAUAAAUGCAUUCGUGCAUAAACUGAAUCUACCUGAAUGUGAUCAUUUUGAAUUUAAAAGUAAUGACUAUUGGAAGUGUUAUGCGAAUUAUUUGAUAAUGACUCUAUAUCACCCUGUUGGUACAGCCAGUAUGGGUCCGACCAAAGAGGAUUCUGUGGUAGAUAACUUUUUGAAAGUGCAUGGAGUUAGGAAUUUGCGCGUUAUAGAUGCGAGUGUAAUGCCUAAUCUAACAAGUGGUAAUACGAACGGUCCAACUAUAAUGAUAGGAGAAAUGAGCUCAGAUAUGAUAAAAGCAGACUACUUAGAUAGUUAG